UUACACAGUUCAGAAGAAACACAGGAGGAACAGAGCUCAACACAACACUGGCAUCAGUCAGCACUCGGCUCUCAGAGGAAAAGUUUGACCAGUUGAGGUGGAAACAGAAUGACUGUAGAUUAAAACAAAACUGAGCUGAUCUCACUUCUCCAGUACGACUGGCAUCAUGUCCCUGUGUAGCAACUUUAGCAGCAUUUCAACACUCAGUCUGUAGAUCAGAGGAAGUGACGAAACAGGAGGAGCUGAUAGUAUUUAAAGAAAGAGUUGUGAUCAUAUACUGAAGAGAAAGACUGAGAGUAAGAGAACAUGUCUGAUGAGUGUCGUGUGUGUCUGCUGGGACUGAUCUUUCUCUCUUCACUUCUCACAGGUAUCAGUGGAGUGAAUGAGACUCAUGUGUUCAUCAGUUCUGGUGAAAAUGUCCGUCUGCCCUGUAAUAAUGCUCUUCAUGACUGUAACUCAACUACAUGGCUCUAUAACAGAUUCAGAGAUUCAGCAACAGUUGAACUGAUUUGUUUAGGGAUAAAGAAGAAAGACACAGAGAGACAUGAGAGACUGAGUCUGGGGUCUGACUGCUCUCUGAACAUCAGGAACAUCUCAACAGAAGAUUAUGGAUCUUACAUCUGCAGACAAUAUGUGAAUGGAGAACAAGGGCCUGAUGCUCGUGUUUUUCUGCAUGUUCUUCAUGUCUCAUCCUCACAGACUGAGAUCAGUGCAGGUCUCUCUGUGACUCUCUUCUGUCAGUUGUAUUCAUCUCCUCAAGUCUCUUGUGAUGAUUGGAUCCGUUCUGAGGGAAUUCAUCUGUUCUGGGUGAAUCAGGCUGGUGUUAAACUGAAUAUAUCAGACUCCAGAUAUCAGAUAUUAUCCUCAUCAGAUCACUGUAUCAUCACUCUGAAUACAACACUCCUGAAUGAAGAUCCCAACAGAGAGUGGAGAUGUGAAGUUACUCAGAGAGAUCAAGUCAAGACCUCAGUCACAUACACUGUCAAGAGUUCAGCUCGGGGUGAAACACCAGUGAUAGCAGGGAUUUCUGUGUCUGUCACUGCGCUCGCUGUUCUCCUGGCAGCUGUCCUCUGGCUGAUCUGGAGAAAAAGAGCCGAUAAUAAAAGAGGGACUGAUGGAGCGGCGGUGAGUUCGGUUAAAGAUGAGAAUGAUGAUAAAAGGACGUAUGAGACGAUCAACAUGGACACUCCUGCUGCUGCGAGAGAUCAUGAGCAGACAGAUGAUGUGACUUACACUGAAGUCUCUUCUUCCAGUAAAAAGCCAGUGAAAUCACUCAAAGAUCAUAAUGACACAGUGACUUACGCUACCAUCAGAUGAACAGAAUAUGAAGCACAGGAUGAACUUCACAAGAACAAGAGCUUCACAAAUAGACAUUCAUUAAAACAGAGCACUGCAUGAGCUCCUCGUAUCAGCAGCAGAUGAGACGUUUUCCACCGCUGCUGAGAUUCGUGGCUUUGCUGUUCGGAAGAAUUAGAUAUUUGUACGUCAACGAACAGAACUUUUAUGUCAGAUUGUUGUUGAAUUCAAAAUCAAAGUCCUGUGAAAAUGUUUUUCAGAUUUUGUAACUAAAUGCAGUAGAAACUAUUCUUGCUUUCAGCAUGUGUAUAGGCUGUUUUAUGAAGAAAAAGUUAUCAUGUCAGAGCCGGAUUUACCUCCCCCCAAUAAUAUAUAAUAUUACCACCCCAAAAUACCAUUACAGCGUUCUCGAUCACAAUAAAUGACAAGUUGUUCAGCUUGCAUUCAGUCACUGAAGAUCGAAUGUAGUUCUUUACUCUUUUGAGAACGGAGGAAGAUGUUUCAUUACUCUCGUUGCUAAUUCCAAAAUGAUAUUUUAGAGCAAAUUAAAGACGCUUGAGCUACUGAUAUGCAGAAUAAUGCAGUUAUUUGAGAGAGAGAGAGAGAGAGAGAGAAAUUUCAACACACCUUUAUUACAAUUCAAAACACAUUACAUAAUCAACCCCUACAUUUAAAACUCAAAAUACAAAAACCAAAACAAAUUAACAGCACACGAAGAUUCAAAAAAAUUAAUCAAGACGCAUACGUUCUCCCAUAGCCUUGUAAUACCGGAAAUCAAUCAAAAUUCUAGAUUUCAUCAGGUUAAAAAACACAGUUUGUAAAUUACUACCUAAAUCUUGUUCAAUCUUUAUUUUCCUGGUAUCAUAAAUUGCCAUUUUUGCCUGACCUAGAAGAAAAUUCAACAACUGGCAACAGAAUCAGUGUUUCCGGAUAUAUUUAAAACCAAAAAUAAACACUUUCAGUGAAAAAGUCUCAUCAAAACGACUGAAUAAACCAGUUAAAACUUGAAACAGUGAAUCAAGCCUACUGCAAAACAAAAAGGUAUGAUAAAUAUAUAUUCACAUCUCUUGCAUUAAUUAAAACAACAACAUCAGUCCAAAUAGUUUUGCUCUUAUUCUGAUUAAGAGUGGCUCUAUGGCCAAAGUAUACAACAUCCCAGAUAAGGCACAGCCUUGCCUGAUACCCCUGAAGACCUUAAAAGGGGCACAUAAAUCCCCAUUCAUUUUUAAAACACUUUCAACUUCAUUACACAAAACUUUUAGCAUGGACACAAAAUCAUUAUUAAAACCAAAAGCUGUUAAUGUGUUCCACAAAUAUGUGUACGCAAGUUGAUCAAUAGACACUAGGCCAAAAUUCACCAUCUAAAAUAUCUCUGAUGAAGGAGAUAUUAUCAAAUAUUUGCCUUCCUGAACACAGUUUGUUUGGUCAGAGUGAAUAAUAUGACUAAGGACUUCACUCAAUCUGUUAGCCAGAACCUUGGAAAGUAACUUAUAAUCAGUACUCAACAAGCUAACAAGCCUCCAAUGUUUAAUAUCAUUUAAAUCAUCUUUCUUGGGCAAUAAUCAAUUAUCAUUUAAAUCACCUUUCUUGGGCAAUAAUGUAAGAACUGUAUAAAGUUAACUGUCCAUUCACCAAACUUUAAUUGAGUACUUGUAACAAAUCCAAACUCUCUUCUGCCCAAAAAGCCUUAUGAAAUUCAACUGGCAGGCCAUCAAUACCAGGCCCUUUAUUACAUUCCAUAUUCUGAAGUGCCUUUUGUAAUUCUUCUAAAGUAACAGCAUUACUUAAUACAGAAUUAAGUUCUCGAGGUACGUGAGGCAAAUUUUCAAAAAAGACAUUAACGUCUGACUCAUCCAGAAAUAGCUCACUCUCAUAUAGUUUUCAAUAAAAACCAAUUGCACUAUUUAUUUCUUCAAAGGGGUCUGAUAACAACACCCCACUCUCAGAACGCAAGUUGAGUAUGAACCUCUUUUGAAAAAAAAAAUUAGAAGGUGCAUCCAUUAAUUCAAUAUUUUGAAACCUUGAUCUGACCAAAGCUCCUUGUGCAGCCAAAUCCAAUGAAAUAAAAAAUGAAUCUCCUGAGGUAUCUCUACAUUCCUGCAUCCCCUUUCAUUCUUUUUCUAAUUAUUCAAUUGUACUUUUUCUAUCCCUUGUUACAUUAAAAGUGUGCUGCUGAAAA